AUGUACGGUUAUCCUGGUGCUCCGGGCUACAAUGGACCUCCAGGCUAUGCAGGAGCUCCGCCUGGCAUGGCCCCUCCUGGAAUGGGUCCUCCAGGCGCUGCAGCUCCCCCUGGUGUAGCACCUCCGCCAGGUGUCGCAAACGCUCAGAUGCCCCCAGCAGCAAACGGAUCCCGCGCCCUUCCAUCCGGCUGGCAGCCACCCGCAAGCAUGCCAAACUUCAACUUCAACGCGCCCGUCAUCCGUCUGGGAACACAAGGAGGUCGUCCUGGCGCGGCCGACAGCCCAGUAGGCGGCCGUAGAGAUAAUGCAGCACCACCCGCUCGUCGCGGGCUUGGUAUGGACAGAGAUGGCGAUCGCCGAGAUGGACCCCAGCCCGUCAAUCCACCCACUCGCGAGGAAAUCGCCAGGACCAUUUUCGUUGGCAACAUCCCGGAUGGCGUUGGAGGUGAUGAGGGCAUGGAGCACAUUCUCGAGACGGCAGGAAAGUUGGUCCGAUGGACGAGGGCAACCGAUGCCAACAACAAGCCCCAGACAUUCGGUUUCGCAGAAUUCGCCGACGCGCAGAGCUUGGAAACAGCGGCGGAGAUCUUCAAAGAUAUCCAUGUACCCACAAAACGCCAGAAGCCUGGAGGCGCGGCAAAGAAAGAGGAUGGCGAAGAGGAAGAGGUUGAGACUACCAAGUUGCACAUCAUGGUUGACGAUGCCUCGAUCAAAUAUGCCGAAGAGUGGAGCAAGACUCGAAACGAAGAUGAGGCUACGGUUCAAUUCCGCCUUGAUAGCGCAAAGGAAGCCCUUUCCUCGGUCCUCGCAAGCUUCUUCAACCCACCUAAUGCGCCCAACAUGGAUUACGCAGGCGAUACAGUCAUGCAAGACGCGCCGACACAAGAUGGCGAGGAUGUCGAGGUUGCGUUUGUCAACCUUGCUACUGGAGAGGACGAACUUGCAGACAUUCCAGCCGAAAUGCGCGAGGUGGUCGCCGCCGAGAUAGCCGCCUUCCGCGACCGUUCCAACCAGCGCGACCGCGACCGUCUAAGGAGGGAAGAGGAGCUUGAGGCCGAAGAACGUCGCCGCAGUGGUCGGCGCGCAACACCACCAUCCUCUGCUCCUAGUGGACCUGGGAAUGCUAACGGUGUACCAUUGGGUCCGAGGGCGGAACGAGGUGUUCAGGGUGCCCCCAGCGGACCCAAGGGGUCGCAAUUCCCUCGCGAUUAUCAAGCUGGCGUCAAUUUUGUGAAUGGCGGUGCCGUGAACAAUGGCGUCUACAUUUCCCGGGAAGAUGAUGAUGAUUCCGCCAGCGACUCGGAACUUGAGCGCCGCCGUCAAAAGAAGCGUAACGACGAAGCCGAAGAAGCGUACAAGAAGCAGCUUCAUCGAUGGCUCAACACAGAACGCCGUACUGUGGCCUCGCUUGACCGUACGAACGACUAUUUCAAGAACAUGGAUGCUGAGUGCGAGAAGGCUCGUGUCGCGCAGGCUAAGCAGCUCCGAGAGUUUGAUGACGAUCAAGAAGCAGCUUCCAGGCGCGAUCUAUACUACCGUGAUCAUAGCGAUUGGAUCCGUGAGCGCGAAAAGGUUCGUGGCCUCGAAGCUAAGGAAGACGCUAUCGAUCGAGACCAAGAGCGGCGUGAAAUGGCUGCCCAGAAGCGACAGCAAGACCAUGCUCGUGGUCAAGCCGAUGCUUUCUUGGAAGAGCAAGGCGAGGAACUGAUGCGCAGGGAGGAGCAACGCGAGCCAGCGCAUUUCAAGAUCUCUCUCGGUGCAGCUGCCAAGAAGCUUGAACAGACUGCGGCUCCUCGUCGCACCGCAGCCGACGUCGAAAACCUUCUCGAAGACGAAGAUCUCACCGACCAGGCCGGUUCCAAGAAGCGAACGCUUAUUCCCAUCAACUUCGAUGCUGCUGUUCGCGCCAAUCUUACCCAAGAAGAGAUUGAGGAAGCUCAGCGACAGCUUGCGCGUGACAUUCCCAACGACAAGGAAGGCUUGUGGAACUGGGCAGUCUCUUGGGAGCACUUACCCGAGAAAAACAUCAACAAGGAUAUCAAAGAAUGGGCCGCCAACAAGGUUCUUGAGAUUAUGGGUGUUCAAGAAGAAAUGCUCGUCGAUGCUAUUGUUGAACACUUGAAGAGCAGAGGCGCACCACAGCCUUUGGUGGAGAAUUUGGAAGUUGCCCUUGAUGAGGAAGCAGAAGCUCUGGUCAAGAAGCUUUGGCGUAUGGUCAUCUACUACAGUGAGACUGAAAAGAGGGGAAUUAAGUAG